AUGUGGCUUUUUCUUGUCAUCAUCUUUUCUCUGGGGAUGCUAAUUGCUGGAAAACUCAGCUUGAAAUUGCAAUAUGAUGGGGACCAGGUUUUGCAUAUUGUGCCAGAAACAUUUCAGCAAGUCCAGCAUCUUCAGCAUCUUUGCAGCACUUUAGUGCUGGAUUUGUGGAAGCCCCUGCUGCCUGAAGACAUCUGGGCUGGAGAAGACCUGCACAUAAGGGUCCCAGCUCCUCUGGUGUAGGAGGUGAAAGACAGCUCAGAUCAGCGUAAGAUCUCUUACAAAGUCCUAAUACCUGAUGUGCAGGAACUUGUGGAUCAGAGCAUGCCAGGGCAGGUCCCAGAAGGUUAUGUCUACACCCAAUAUAUGGAAGAGAUUUAUCAAUGGAUAACUCAGAUCCAGAAGAGCCACAGUGGGCUGGUGACUCAGCACUACCUGGGGAAGACAAUCGAGAAUCAAACAAUGUAUUAUCUGCAGAUCAGUCAACCAUCAGAUAAAACCAAAAAGAUCAUUUGGAUGGACUGUGGGAUUCAUGCCAGAGAAUGGAUCUCUCCAGCCUUCUGCCAGUGGUUUGUGAAAGAAAUUCUUCAAAAUUACAAAUAUGACCCAAAGAUAAGCAGAUUUCCGCAGAAUUUGGACCUCUGCAUCUUGCCAGUCGUCAAUAUUGAUGGCUACAUCUAUUCCUGGGAAAAAGAUCAUUUGUGGAGGAAAAACCCUUCUCCACAUAUGAAUGGCACCUGCUACGGGACAGACCUGAACCGAAACUUCAAUUCCUCCUGGGGCAGUAUUGGUGUUUCUUAUAACUGCAGCAGUGAAAUCUUCUGUGGAUCUGGACCAGAAUCAGAGCCUGAGACAAGAGCUGCGGCUCAGUUUAUCGAAAGGAAGAAGAGUGACAUUUUGUGCUAUUUAACAAUUCACUCCUAAAUCCUCACUCCGUAUGGUUCCACAACUAAACCUCCAAGUAACAGUGAAGAACUGAUGCAUGCUGCAGAGAAAGCAGCUGCUGCCCUGAUGGGAAAGUAUGGGACCAGCUAUGAAGUAGAAUCAACCUCUUUAAUUUUAUUCAGUAACUCAGGCUUCUCAUGGGACUGGGCUCACAUGAUUGGCAUUCCUUUCUCCUACACAUUUGAACUGUGAGACAAGGGUACUCAUGGAUUUGUUCUACCCCCUGACCAGAUCCAACACACAUGUGAGGAGACUAUAUUGGCUGUGACAACUAUCAUAAACUAUGUUGAUCAGAAGUACUUCCCAGGUAGGGCUGUGAUGCUGACCUCUGGCAGCCUGGGCCUAAGCAUUUGCCUGAAUGUUGUACUUACAUGGACUGUUUCUUAA